GAGAGUGAAUUCUUGUUUUAGAUCUCCCUUCCGACCGGUGAGGGCACUGGGGAGGAGGAGCAGGCAGAGCCACGGUGCGCAACGUCACAGACCCGGUCGGGAAGCGCAGUGGCAAUCGCGCAUUGGACGACGGCGGUUGCCCUCGCUGACCAAUGGGGACGGGACGGGGCGUACAAAAGGGGGCGUGGCCCGGGGUUCUGUUCCUUCUGGCAAGGUACAGUGCGUGUGAGACAGUGAGAGAGAGAGAGAGAAACGAGCAGGGAAACAGAGGAAGGGUUUUUGAAGACGGGUCGUCUUUGCUGUGUGGACUUUUGCUAACCCAUCUGUUCUUUGUAUUUUAGAGCACUAACGGGACGCUCCGGGAUUACGACGGCGGAGCGACUACCCGGAAGUGCUGGUUCUGUUACCCCCCCGUGUUUUCCCGUUCCUGGAUUACAAAAGGAAGACAGACUGUUUUUGUUGUUUGUUUAUUUGGGACUGCAACCCCGUUUCUCUUUAUGUUGUCGGGUUACACAUCGUUGUGUACCCCGGCGGCCCUAUUGUUUAUUUGUCCCUAUUAUUUUUGAGUGCGUUUGGUAACCGGUUUUUAAGGAAAUAAAACCCAAGCGCUUAAUUGGAAAAGGACUGGAGUCUGUCAUUUUGCACCACACCAUCGGUCAACUCUGUCACACGUGGUGUCAGAAGUGGGAUGGACCCAACCACUUUGUCGGCGAUCCUGGAGGCGUUGGACAGCCGGAGGGAGGCUGAGGAACGGAGGAGGGAGGAGAGAUACACGGCUCUUAUCGAGAGGGUGGGGAUGGGGAUGACGUCAGCGGCGACGGGCCCCGUGCUGGUUGCCCCGAAGGCCCGGGCCCAGAAAAUGACGGUGGAGGAUGACCCGGAGGCCUACCUUGUAGCCUUUGAACGGUUGGCUACCACUGCAGCAUGGCCCCGGGAGUACUGGGCGAGCCAACUUGGUCCCUGCUUGAUCGGGGAAGCACAAGCAGCGUACCGGGCCAUGACUGACGACGAUGCCGCCCAGUAUGACCUGGUUAAGCAGGCUAUCCUCCGCCGUCUCAAUAUCACGGGGGAGACUCAUCGGGUCAGAUUCCGGGAGUUCCGGCGACCCCCCAACACCCGGCCCAGGGUGGUAGCCCAGCAAUUAUGCGACCACAUGGCGCAAUGGCUGAACCCCAGUCAGAAAACCGGGAUUCAGAUGGGGGAGGCCAUUGUGAUGGAACAAUUCUGCCAUGUGGUCGGGGCUGAGACGCAGGCAUGGGUACGCCGGCAUAACCCCACGACGCUAGAGCAGGCCGUGGCGUUAGCCGAGAACUACGAGGACUCCCUGGUGUCCGCCCGAACCACCCUGCUGGACUGCCCCCCUCCCUCCGCUGCCAAAGGACCGCCGUCGAACCCUUUUCCCGGACCCAGGGCCGUCAGAUCACCGGCCCCGUCGGGCCACCCGGCCCCCUUACAAUGGAGGCAGAGGUUGGCCCCCAGCUGGGGUAGAAUGGUUCCCCCUGCCCCGCUGUCAUACCAGCAGCGGGACAAAUAUGUACCGCCUUUACCCUCUGCCCCACCCGUCUGUUUUAGGUGCCAGCAGCCGGGACACAUUGCCAGAUACUGCCCGGCGGCCAUGGAGUGCGACGUGGCUGCGUGUCACCUGGCGUCUGAGACAGGGGUCACUGUUCGGGAGAGGCCCUACCGGAUCCCAGAAAGCCGGCGGAGUGGCGUCCAGAACGAGGUGGGGGCGAUGCUUGAACUUGGGGUCAUUGAGCCUUCCAGAAGCGAGUGGUGCAGUCCUAUUGUUAUAGUGGCCAAGAAGGACGGCACUAAUCGCUUCUGUGUCGAUUUUCGAAAGGUCAAUGCUAUCGCCAAGUUCGACGCCUACCCCAUGCCUCGGAUCGACGAACUUCUCGACCGACUGGGGACGGCCGGGUUUAUCUCAACUUUGGACCUGACGAAGGGAUAUUGGCAGAUCCCUUUAACCCGCGAUUCAUGUGAAAAAACGGCAUUUUCAACUCCGGAUGGUCUGUUCCAUUUUAAAACCAUGCCGUUUGGGUUACAUGGUGCGCCCGCCGCCUUUCAGAGACUGAUGGACGAGGUGUUACAUCCCCAUCGUGAGUAUGCAGCAGCUUAUAUUGACGAUGUGGUGAUAUAUAGCUCCACCUGGAGAGAGCAUGUAAUUCGACUUACAGCCGUCCUUCAGUCUCUGAGGGCUGCCCGGCUGACAGCCAACCUAAAAAAAUGUGCGUUUGCGAAAUCUGAAACUCAGUACUUAGGAUUUAUCAUGGGAAACGGACAGGUGAAACCCGUAGCCACCAAAGUCCAGGCUUUGGUGGACGCGGCGGUCCCCAAAACUAAAUCCCAGGUGAGGUCACUGUUAGGAUUGGCCGGUUAUUACCGCCGCUUUAUCCCCGAGUAUGCCACCGUGGUCGAUCCUCUGGUGAACCUCACUAAGAAAAGUGCGCCAAAUUUAGUCAAGUGGUCAGAAGAGUGUCAGGGAGCGUUUGAGACCAUUAAGCGCAAACUGUGCCAGGCUCCUGCGCUAAUAUUACCAGACUUUAGCAAGAGAUUCCUCCUCCAUACUGACGCGUCAGAGGUUGGUUUGGGGGCGGUCUUGUCCCAGAGGGUUAACGGGGUGGAGCAUCCCAUUCUUUACAUCAGCAAAAAAAUGCUUCCUAGGGAGCGCAAUUACUCGGUUGUAGAGAAGGAGUGCUUGGCCAUUAAAUGGGCGACUCACUCCCUCAGAUAUUACUUACUGGGACAUUCAUUUGAUCUAGUCACAGACCACGCCCCACUCAGAUGGUUAAGCACUAUGAAGGAUAGCAAUGCCCGGAUAACUCGGUGGUAUUUGGCAUUGCAGCCUUACAUGUAUCGUAUGGUACAUCGUGCAGGGAAAGAUCACCAAAAUGCGGAUUAUUUUUCCCGGGAGGGGGGAGUAAUGGGGUUGGUAGGUUUGGCCGAGUGUUCCUUCGGCUCCACUCUGAGCGGUGGGAUAUGUGACAAAGAGAGAGUGAAUUCUUGUUUUAGAUCUCCCUUCCGACCGGUGAGGGCACUGGGGAGGAGGAGCAGGCAGAGCCACGGUGCGCAACGUCACAGACCCGGUCGGGAAGCGCAGUGGCAAUCGCGCAUUGGACGACGGCGGUUGCCCUCGCUGACCAAUGGGGACGGGACGGGGCGUACAAAAGGGGGCGUGGCCCGGGGUUCUGUUCCUUCUGGCAAGGUACAGUGCGUGUGAGACAGUGAGAGAGAGAGAGAGAAACGAGCAGGGAAACAGAGGAAGGGUUUUUGAAGACGGGUCGUCUUUGCUGUGUGGACUUUUGCUAACCCAUCUGUUCUUUGUAUUUUAGAGCACUAACGGGACGCUCCGGGAUUACGACGGCGGAGCGACUACCCGGAAGUGCUGGUUCUGUUACCCCCCCGUGUUUUCCCGUUCCUGGAUUACAAAAGGAAGACAGACUGUUUUUGUUGUUUGUUUAUUUGGGACUGCAACCCCGUUUCUCUUUAUGUUGUCGGGUUACACAUCGUUGUGUACCCCGGCGGCCCUAUUGUUUAUUUGUCCCUAUUAUUUUUGAGUGCGUUUGGUAACCGGUUUUUAAGGAAAUAAAACCCAAGCGCUUAAUUGGAAAAGGACUGGAGUCUGUCAUUUUGCACCACACCAUCGGUCAACUC